GAUCAGUCAGUUUCUGCUCUAAGUUAACACGCCUGAGCAGCCUGGCUGUUUCUAUUCCUUUCCACUCAGUUGACUUCCCCACGAUCUCCCUGCUUUGCCAGUCCCUUGCCUCUUCUCUCUGCCCUAAUAUGGUUAAUUGCAGGCUGUGGGAAGGGGAUUGAGGAUACAGAGGCCAUCUAUCUGUGUGUGUGUGUUGUGUCCGACUAUUCCAAACGCACUACGGUCUACUUGGUGUUAUACAAAGUGAGACUAAGUAGCUCUUCACAACAGGUACUUAAGAGGAUUGUCUACAAUGUAUUGUCUUGUAUACAAUGACACUAAUUUAGACUCACUUUGAACCUUGUAGAGAGGUCAGGUGUUGAAAUAGGUGGGUUUGUUUAAAAGUAAUAUUUAUUGCAUGAUAUCUGUAAGAACCGACGCUGGAGUAGAGAAGCAGGUACGGGGAGUGAACAUUUCAUUCUGCACAGACAUGGAACAGGACAGGAGCAGCGUCAGAACCAGGCCGCGGGGUCAACCACAGAACCAUGGAGCCUGCCUAUACUGGGAUGUCACUGGAUAACUCAACCUCAACAGUGAUGCCCAUGGCGACCUCCGCUGGCAACACCAAUGUGAGCAGAGAGCCGUACAUGCACCGCCUGGCCCAUCUAGACGAGGGUCUCUACAAUGACUUCUACAGCCUGUGGAUCUGUCUGGUGGUGGUCAACACACUCAUCUUCAUGGUGGGAAUGGUUCUCAAUACCCUGGCCCUGUACGUGUUCUGCUUCCGCACCAAGCCCAAGACCACCUCAGUCAUCUACACCAUCAAUCUGGCUGUCACAGACCUACUGGUUAACCUAUCCCUGCCCACACGUAUCAUUCUCUAUUACAGUGGGGGAAAGUGCCUCAACUGCUCCUACGUGCAUAUAUUCAGCUACUUUGUCAACAUGUACUGCAGCAUCCUCUUCCUCACCAGUAUAUGCGUGGACAGAUACCUGGCCAUAGUACAGGCUGAGGCCUCAAGGAAGUGGAGGAACCCUAACGUGGCCAAGGGGGUGUGCAUUUUCAUCUGGCUCUUCGCUAUCGUGGUUACUUACUCCUUCCUCACCACGGCGUUCCGACACGCGGGCUGCUGCGUCUCCAAGCUCUUCGUCCUGACCGUCUUCGAGUUCUUCCUCCCCUUGGUCGUCAUUGUGGUGUUCACCGUGCGCAUCAUGUGUGCCCUGUCCAACUCCAGUCUGAUGCAGCAGAGCAGAGAGAGGCGCGUGCGGGCCGUGCAGCUCCUCACCACUGUCCUGGUCAUCUUCACCAUCUGCUUCACCCCGUUCCACGUCAGGCAGGUGCUGGUGUACUUCUACCCCGACAUGCCCCACCACGUCAUUGUCUACCACGUCACCGUCACCCUCAGCAGCCUGAACAGCUGCAUGGACCCCAUCGUCUACUGCUUCGUCACCAACAACUUCCAGUCCAGCAUGAGGGACUUCUUCCGCAAGGCGGAGGCAGAGCUGGAGCAGACCAGUGGGAACAUAAUCAGCAUGCAGAAUAGCUCCAAGGGCUCGGGGACUGUCACAGCUAUCGCUCACAGUGUGAUGAUGAACGUCCUGUCCUCCUCCUCUCCCCAGCAUGGGAACCACAUAGCGUUAGACUGAGAAAGGGAUGGGAAGAUUGAGGAAUGGGAUGUUCAGUGUUCAGAGAGAGAUGGACUUCUAUUGCUUAACUGUGAGACUCUGGAGUGCAAUUGACAUACUACAGUAGGCUAUUCUCCCAUUUGAGAAAAUGCUUUCCUGCUUCUAUUAUUGUAGCCUAUUGUUGGCUUGGAAAUGUAAGUACUUGAAGACAUUUUCGGACAAGAAACGUUAUUUCUCUUGUGUUGGCCUACACCAGUCACGAUGGAGGGCAUUGACACUGAAUAUGACCUAUAACGUGUUUAUUGCAGCAUGAUUUAUUUCUACUGUACAAUUAUCAUCUGAGGAGUAUUUGUUUACUUUGAUCCUAGAUCUUAUGGACCUCUGACAAAAUAGACAAGUAAUAUUCUACUGCAUUGCUAUGGAAACAAAUAGAAAUAUAUGAUAAACAGCUUCUGUAAAUUAAUGUGUGACAUUGUUGUCACAAUACAUAUUUAUCGUCAGCCUGCUCAGAAACUGGUUUUAUGCUAAACUUAUAUUACUGGCAAAUAUUACCAAACCAAUUGUCCAAAAACAUAUAGAAUAAAACAUACAAAACCUUAUUGAUUUUAUAGCAAGAACUCAUUUAAUUUAGUUUGUAUUACUGUUGGAGGGCCAGUAGCGUGCACUCUUCACUCUGCCCCAGGGCAGUGAAGGGGAUAUUUAUUGACCUGUGUAGGGUGCCUCGUUUUGGCUGGGACAUUAAACAGGUGUCCUGACUCUCUGUGGUCAUAAAAAAAAUCCCAUGGCACUAAGAGUAGGGGUGUUAGCCUAGUGGUUAAAGCAUUGGACCAGUAACUGAAAGGUUACAAGUUCAAAUCCCCGAGCUGACAAGAUAAAUAACUUAAAUGUAAUGUAAUAAAAAUAAAUCUAUCGUUCUGCCCCUGAACAAGGCAGUUAAUCCACUGUUCUUAGGCUGUCAUUAAAAAUAAGAA